AUUUAUUUUUUAUUUUUUUGGUCACAUCCCCAGAGCUGCUGCUGUUACAUUAAACUAUGACUUGGUAGUGCUCUUGAACAAGGUAUUUGUCUCAGUCAGGUCUAACAGGCCUUUUAACCCUUCCAUCUUAACUUUUUAGGAGAGACCAGUAGUUUUAGCAUGACUAGCCAGGUCAAUAUAAACCAUUAUAGCACUGUAAGGAAAAUACAGCAGUCAACAUUUGAAGUGGAUCAAAAGUUCAGUUCAUCAAAGUUGUCCUAAGACAGGGACGCAUUUUGGUUUUAGGUUUUAGGACAACUUUGAUGAAAGGUUUUGAUCCACAUUAAAUCUUGACUAGUGUAUAAUAAUAAAGGAGAUAAAUAAAUGAACAAUAAAUAACUGAAAAUGUCAUUCGGUUUUUACAAAUCUAACCUUGCAUGACCUUAAACAUGCAUAAACUCCCUUUUCUUCCCUUAACUGUCAAAGGGCGUUAAGCUGGCACAGAACACUUCUCACACACCCUGUCUCCUUCUCCCACAAAGUGCAGGAGCCGCCCUGGAUCUGCAUCUCUAUAAGAGGUAAGAGACGGGCUCAAAGUUCCCAUCUUCGUCAGGAGAACUCUAACGGUUUGCUCUCUGGUUUUAUCUCAUCUCCGUGUCCAUCCACCAUGUCGUUCUCUCUCCGUACAUCAUCCAACCUCAGUCCCAAGAGCAUGGUUUCUAAGUCCACAGUCACUCCAAUUCGCUGUGGUUCGAUAUCUUCUUGCGGACCCAAAGCCUACAGUGUUUAUGGCUGUGGUUUUGGAGGAAGCACCCGCAUCUCUUCCUCCAGAGUUGGCUGCUAUCCAAAUCUGCAGAGCAAAAUCAGUGGAGGAAACGUAUGUUAUGGCAAACCGUACAGCGGAGGAUUCGGAAUCACGCUCGGGAACUGUGACUACAUCCAGGUGAAUGAGAAGUGCACCAUGCAGAACCUGAACGACCGUCUGGCGUCCUACCUGGAGAAGGUGCGCUCGCUGGAGGCUGCCAAUGCCAAUCUGGAGAGGCAGAUCUGUGAGUACUACGAGAAGAAGGGGCCGAUCGCACAGAGAGACUACAGCCCCUACUGGAACACCAUCAACUGCCUAAAGGAAAAGAUUGAAGCUGCUACCAUCAACAACGCCAACAUCCUCCUGCAGUUCGACAACUCUAAACUGGCUGCUGAUGACUUCAGGAUAAAAUAUCAGCAAGAGUUAGCUGUGCGACAGUCUGUGGAGGCUGACAUCGCUAACCUGCGGCCCUUGCUGGACCAGAUGACCCUGACCAAGGCCGACCUGAAGAUAAAGAUCGAGGGUCUGCAGGAAGAUCUAGCAUGUUUGAAGAAGAACCACCAGGAGGAUGUGGCAGCACUACUGUGUCAGCUGACAGACACAGAAGUGUGUGUGGAAGUGGAUGCUGCUCCUCAGCAAGACCUGAACAAGGUUUUGGAAGAAAUCCGUUGUCAUUACGAGAACAUCAUAGACAAACACCGCAGAGAUCAGGAGUGCUGGUUCAAAGAGAAGACGGCGCAUCUGUGCAAAGACGUGGCCAACAAUACAGAGUGCCUAGAAACCUCUAGGUCACAGAUCUCAGAUUUGCGGCGUACCUUGCAGUGUCUGGAGAUCGAGCUACAGUCUCAAAUCAGCAUGAAAAGAGCACUGGAGUGCUCACUGUUGGAAACAGAGGCUAGGUACAGCACUAUGCUAGCAGGUUUCCAGAAACACAUCGACGCAUACGAGGCAGAGCUUUGUCAGGUGCGCAGUGGCAUUGAGCAGCAGGGCAGAGACUAUGCUGCACUCCUGGACAUCAAGAGCCGUCUGGAGCAGGAGAUCGCUACCUACAGGUGUCUCCUGGAAAAGCAGGACAUUAAGACUCAAGAACAGGGUGAGGUAUUUGUGUGUGUGACGCCAGCUGACACAAUGUUCAAAUGUACACAAGUUAUAUGAACAGCGUUAAAUGCAAACAAAUAAUCCAAUGGUGGGUCCUUGUAGUGCAAAUGGAUUAACACUCUGUAGUUACUG